GAUCAAGAGUUUCUGUAUUAGCCACUUGGCCAGCAGCUUUCUUUUUUUUGGGUAAAAAGUUUGAUUCUAAUAAGAUGUUUAAUUUUGUUGCUUGUGCUGAGGUGGUUGAUUGUGAUAAUGUAGUUAAGGACUACAAGAAAGUUUAUGAAGAAUUAUACAAUCCAAGUGAUCCAAAUAACCCAAAUUCAGAUACUUUUCUUGCUUUAAUCAUCAAAUAUGCUUUUAUAUCUGAAGAUGAAUAUACUCAUGCUAAUGCUAUUUGGAUACAGGCCAUUCAUAAACUUAUUUUUGAUGAAAAUUAUCUUUUGGCAAAACUUGACUCCGACGUUGUUGAUACAUGA